AUGGCCAAGGAACAAGAGAAGGAAGAACUAACCGAACUGGUGAAAAUUUUCAAAAAGGUAGAGGUCAAUAUGCCCCUGUUGGUCGCGCUACGCUCUAUGCCCAGAUGCGCGAAAUUGCUCAAGGAACUCUGCACUCGGAAGGUCAAAUACACUGAUGAUGCCAAAUUUCAAGUGGGCGAAUCCGUAUCCGCGGUCUUACAACGGGAUAUGCCCAUAAAGUGUGGGGACCCUGGCAUGUUCUACAUCCAAUGUGUAAUAGGAACAAUGAAGGUGGAGAAGGCAAUGCUCGACUUAGGAGCAUCCAUCAACGUUAUGCCCCUAUCCAUGUACCAGGACCUGGAGAUAGGACCACUAAAGCCUACCCGAGUGGUAAUCCAAUUGGCAGAUCGAUCAAAUGUCUACCCAGAUGGGAUACUAGAAGACGUUUUGGUCAAAGUGGAGGAACUGAUCUUUCCAGCGGACUUCUAUAUUCUCGACAUGGGAAAGUCAAAAGCACGGGAUCCGGUUAUGCUUUUGGGCAGACCAUUUCUAAAGACUGCCAGGACUCGCAUUGAUUGUGAUACGGGCAAGCUAACAUGUCAAUUCGAAGGGGAAACAGUGACCUUCGACAUAUACAAUGCCAUGAAACAUCCAACCGAUACAGAGAUGGUGAAAAGUGUCGACAUAAUCAAGAAGGUUGUUGAGGAGAAUGGCAUAACCGAGGAGGACUUGCAAGAGGAGCAUUUGCAGGAGGCGAUGAAAGUACUAAAUGCAUGGAGCGAAGGGGUCAACCACACUGAGGCGUUGAAAAUUCCCACCCUGAAGGAGGAAGACCGACUUAUUCCCUCGAUCCAAAGGGCACCCAAGCUCGAGCUGAAGUCUUUGCCCAAACAUCUCAAGUAUAUCUUUCUGGGCGAGAAUGACACUUUGCCCGUAAUCAUCAAUUCAGAGUUGACACUCGAAGACGAGAACAAAGUCAAGAUGACUUUGGGAAAGUACAAUGAAGCAAUUGGAUGGACCCUGGCCGAUAUUAAGGGCAUAAGCCCUACCGUAUGCAUGCACCGCAUAUUACUAGAGGAAGAUGCAGUUCCAGUCCGGGACCCCCCAGAGAAAGCUAAAUCCAGCCAUGAAAGAAGUUGUGAUGAAGGAGAUACUCAAACUAUUGGAUUUGGGCAUAAUAUACCCAGUAUCCGAUAG